GGCUUUGCAGGGAUGCCGGGCUGGGAGGUAGGCGACUGAAUGGCGGGCAUGGAAGGGAGGGGACCCUACCACAUCUACUACCCUGGUAGUGACAUGGAGAAGAAUGGAGCCACGGCCUUUGAGCGGCUGGUGGAGGAGAACGCCCGGCUGAAGGAGAAGAUGCAGGGGAUCAAGUCUAUUGGAGAGUUGCUGGUGGAGUCCCACGUGGAGGCAUCCAAGCUGCGGCAGAAAGCAGAAGACCUCGUGAAGGACAAGAAAAUGCUGAUAGCAUCGUCUUCCUUGGAGGACCUGGUGAAACCUGAAGCUGUCGGUCCUGAUCCCAGCUCCACACAGGCCACCCCGGGCAGCACCCAGCCGGACACAGAAGCACGGAAAUCUCCUCCAAGUGGAUCCUCCUCGGAGUUUGAGAUCGUUGCUGUUGAAGCACAGGGGUUUCCCCAGGAGAGCGAGAGAGUGGAGUUGGAGCAGCCUUCAAACGAGGACACCAACCUGCUGCCACAGCUGCAGCAGCUGGAGAACACGCUGAGCGGCUGCACCAAGGAGGCCAGCAAGGACCAGGUCUUCGUGCGCAUGGGCUACAUGGCCUCUGAGCUCAAGCGCCUGGCUUCCAAGGUGCACAAGAACGAGCAGAGAACAUCGUUUCUGCAGACGCUGUGUGAGACACUGCACAGUGAGAACAAGGAGCUGCGAACCAAGCUGGAGCGGGACCUGGAGCAGAGAAACCAAGCGCUGGAGAAGCUCAGGUGUGAGAACCAGGAGCUCCGGAGGAUGGUGACACUCAGCAGCCAGGACAGUGGAAAAAGAGAAGCUGCCGAGCAGCAGCAGCAGAGCGGGGCCGCGGUGGAGAAUGCACCGGGCAGAGGAGAGCUGGAGGCCAAGGAGAAGAAGGUGAAGAUCCUGGAGCACCAGCGCAGGGAGCUGCUGGAGGUGAACAAGCAAUGGGAUCAGCACUUCCGAGCCACGAAGCAGAAGUAUGAGCAGAAGGUCACAGACCUGCACCAGGAGCUGGCUGAGGCCCGCAGGGCACUGACCGAGCUGGAGUCAGAGCGGGAGCAGAAGCAACGGGAUUUCGAUCGCAAGCUGCUCCUGGCCAAGUCCCGGAUUGAAACGGAAGAGGCUGAGAAGGAAAGGCUGGCCAUGGAGGUGAGGGACCUGCAGCAGAGGAUGCGGUUCCUGCAGGAGCAGCUGGCUCCGGUCACCAGGCAGCGGGAGUACCAGGAGAAAGAGAUCCAGAGGCUGAACAAGGCCCUAGAGGAAGCCCUGAACGUCCAGGCCUCUCCACCACCCAUGUUUGCCAUGGAGCCAGUGGGGAAGGUUCCACAGCAGGAGCUGCUGACCCAGAACGAGCUCCUCAAGCAGCAGGUGAAAAUUUUCGAGGAGGACUUUCAGCGGGAGCGGAGUGACAGGGAGAGGAUGAAUGAGGAGAAGGAAGAGCUGAAGCAGCAGCUGGAGAAGCUGCAGAAGCAGCUGGUCCUCUCCAACAACCAGCUGCGAGCCUCCAAGGAUGACUGCCAGAGGGAGAAGGAGGAGAAGGAGAAGCUGAAGAAGCUGCUGAAACAGCACAAACAGGUGAGGACAGAAGAANNNCACCCUGAGCCACUGCCAGGGCCGCUGGCCCCUUCCUGCCCCAUGUACCAGUACCAGUACAGUCCCGCCAUGCCUCACCCCAUGUACCAAGGCUUCGAUGAGUGGCAGCAGAUCCGAUACCCACCAGCAAUGCCAGGCGAUCACACAGCAGGACAAAACUUCCACCAUUUUUCCCCACCCGAGUACCCCUGGCGCCCACCCUGCGCCAUGGCUCGCAGCCAGAAUGCCCAGGCAGUGACUGGGGUGAAACCAGUCCCCAAGGACUUGGAACAGGCAGGUCCCGGAUUGCCCUAA